AUGUUCCAUGAGUUGUCGUUGUUCCUCAUUACCACCCUAGAGCCACCGAAAUUAUCACAGUCAUCGAGGGAUCUCUUGAAGUUGGAUUCAUCAUGUCAAAUCCUGAUAAUCGCCUCAUCUAAAAAACACUUGAGAAGGGGUGUUCCCAGUUGGACUAGUUCACUUCCAGCGGAAUGUUGGCCACAUGAAUGCGGUGAUAAUUUCUGGUUUGAAUAG